AUGGCCAAUGCUGCAGUCAGAGCAAGAUACCCGGAUGUCCUGAACAAAGACUGGGCGGCACUCGGAUUUGUCAGGCUCCAAACUAGGCUUCUGGACGAUCUAGGUCUAACGGAAGAGGUACACGAUCUGCUCCCAGCUAGGCUUCCGGAAAACUUUGGUCUGACUGGAGAGAUACACGACCUCUUCCAGUUUAACAUCCCGGGACGACGCAUGAGAAUAUGGCAAGAUCAAACUUUUGAGCAGUACUGGGCGAUCCGUGGGUCACUCGAACCGGUGUUCCGACUAGCAACAAACUUCCUCCUUUGCCCCGCAAGUCUGGACUGGUUUUAUUACCUGAUCUACGCCCCUCGUGAGCCUACAGACCCGGUGAUCCUGCACAACGGAGAUGCCGUUCAUGAGUAUCGGCGCGAUGACACGCCGAUGGAAACAAGACACCAAAAGGCAAGGGCCGCACUGCAGCGUCUCGCCAUGACGCACACAAUCUCGCUCGAUGACUUCAAGGACGAGUACAAUGAUGAGGGACGUACAGUCCCUAGUAUGAGGUACCAUGAGAAAGGAGUCAACAUCAAAGAUGAUGAUCCCGAGGAAAUAAGCGGCAUCCGACCCCACAUCGGCAUCAGCCAGGACUUCGUUCGGUAUCUCAUGAAUACGUACAUGGAAGGGUCGCAGAGCAGGCCUCGCAUGCUCAAUAUGUGGAUCAAAAUGGCUGUGACAUGGGGACACGAGAUUGCUAUAGAAACAUCCCAGCGCGUUCAUGCGACCGCGAACAAAUUUCAUCGCGACCAAAAGGAGGCGAACAUAAACGAAGACUUGUUCGAGGACGAAAAGGUUGCUGAGCCAGGCUACUCGUGGGAGAAUUUUGUCUUCGGAGGGACCAUUGAACUCCACGAUUUUAAAGCCAGCAAUCCUCUUGUUUUUAUCAAGUGGCCCAAUUUUCUCAAGGGAGCUCAGGGUCUUAGAAGAGGAGCCUGGAAACCAUCGGCGACAGAGUACUUCAUUCCCAUGCAGUACAGCCUCAGUAUCAAUUCGCAACAGUGGUGGGACAAUGUCGACCCGGAGGAUCCUACCGCUCUUUACAUCAAGAAGAUCGUUGGGAUCAGGGUAUACCAUACCUUGGACAUCGACGAUGAUUGGAGUUCUAGUCAAUCAAGCGAGGGGAUAUGGCCCACCGAUGAAGAACGCUCCCCAGACCAGUCACAAUCGCACCGAGUCUCCAGGAUUAUACCAGACACGAUUAUCUAG